AUGGCAGCUGCAAAGGGUUUGAACCCUGAAGCGUCUGCAUACAUUCCAAGGUCUCUACAAUCCUUUCUUUCAACAUUCCCCACUCUCCCACCAAUCACCACCCACUGCUGCUAUUUCUCACCACCACCACCUCCUCCGCGUCAUGGUGGUGCUUAUAAUUAUUACCCCACACUCUCCUCUUCCUCUUUCUACGAUCCACUACCUCUCUACACCGCCGACUCCUUCCCACCACUGUCUCCGGCGGCGGAGGAGGAAGGGGAAGCGGAAACGGAAGCGCCGCCUUCGCCGACAGUACUGAUAAAAGAGCAAGAAGUAGGAGUGUAUGAAGAGGGUAUACGAAGGACUUCUACUAGGAAAGGGUUUCGAAGAAGUGGGUUUUGGAGGAAAGUCGGAGGAAAGAGAGAAGGAUGUGGUGGAAGUGAUGAUGGUAGGCAGCAGGCGGAGUUAGGGUUUGUGAAUGGGAAGGACAGUCGUGGACUUUUAUUGAAAUUCCUAGACCAACAUUGUAUGGCAGAGAAUGAAAAGAUCAACAAGUUUAACCCCAAUGAAGAAACUGAAGAACAGACUGUGUCAGCUUUUGACUUCUUGUAUCUUCCAAUGGAUUUCAAAACUGGUUGCAACAAAGGUUAUGCUUUUGUAAACUUCACAGAGGCUAAAGCGGUGUGGAAGUUCUACCAAGCUUUUCAUAACAAGGCUUGGGACUUUUUCCAAUCCCCCAAGAUACGUGAGAUUGUCUGCGCCAAAAUCCAGGGGAAGGAGGCACUGGUGGAUCAUUUUGAGAAGUCUACGUUUCGGUGUGAUACGAAUGAGUUCCUGCCUGUGUGUUUCAGCCCAGCAAGAGAUGGUUCUGGUAAGUGGGUGAAACAAAGUUUGGUUGGGGAAAGAAUUUAG